AUGCCAUGUGCCCAGAGGAGCUGGCUUGCAAACCUCUCCGUUGUAGCUCACCUCCUUAACUUUGGGGCCCUUUGCUAUGGGAGACAAGCUCAGCCAGGCCCGGUGCACUUCCCGGACAGGAGGCAAGAGCAUUUCAUCAAGGCCCUGCCUGAAUACCACGUGGUGGCCCCCGUCCGAGUAGAUGCCAGUGGGCAUUUUCUGUCCUAUGGCCUGCACCAUCCCGUCAGCACCAACAACAGGAGGAAGAGAGACUUGGAUGGCCCAGAGGAGCGGGUGUACUACAGAAUUUCGCACGAGGAGAAGGACCUGUUCUUUAACUUGUCGGUCAAUCAGGGAUUUCUUUCCAAAAGCUAUAUCUUGGAGCGGAGAUACGGGAACCUUUCCCAUGUGAAGAUGGUGGCUUCCUCGGCACCCCCCUGCCAUCUCAGGGGCACGGUGCUGCAACGGGGCACGAGGAUCGGGGCUGCGGCCCUCAGCGCCUGCCAGGGACUGACUGGGUUUUUCCGUCUACCAAAUGGAGACUUCUUCAUUGAGCCCAUCAAAAAGCAUCCCGUGGCUGAGGGAGAGUACCACCCACACAUCAUUUACAGGAAGCCGAGGCAGAGAGCUCCAGAGCAGGAGGAACAAGCCUGUGGAUUAAAGGACGGUCUUGCCACCUCCCAGAAGCUGGAGCAACAGCGAGAGAAGUGGGAGAGGAACCACUGGCCCAGCAGAGGCCUGUCGCGGCGUUCCAUCAGCAAAGAGCGAUGGGUGGAGACGCUGGUGGUGGCUGACACGAAGAUGAUUGAGUAUCAUGGGAGCGACAGCGUGGAGUCCUAUAUCCUCACCAUCAUGAACAUGGUCACUGGGUUGUUCCACAACCCAAGCAUUGGCAAUGCAAUUCACAUUGUUGUGGUUCGGCUCAUUCUACUUGAAGAAGAAGAGCAAGGAUUGAAAAUCGUCCACCAUGCAGAGAAGACACUGUCCAGCUUCUGUAAGUGGCAGAAAAGCAUCAAUCCAAAGAGUGACCUCAACCCGGCCCAUCAUGAUGUGGCUGUCCUCCUCACCAGAAAAGACAUCUGUGCUGGUGUCAAUCGCCCCUGUGAGACUUUGGGUCUGUCCCACCUGUCGGGAAUGUGCCAACCUCACCGGAGUUGUAACAUCAAUGAAGACUCUGGACUCCCUCUGGCUUUCACAAUUGCCCAUGAGCUCGGACACAGCUUCGGCAUCCAGCAUGACGGGAAGGAAAAUGACUGUGAGCCCGUGGGCAGGCACCCGUACAUCAUGUCCCGCCAGCUCCAGUACAACCCCACCCCACUGACGUGGUCCAAGUGCAGCAAGGAGUACAUCACCCGCUUCCUGGACCGGGGCUGGGGGUUUUGUCUCGAUGACAUCCCCCAAAAGAAAGGCUUGAAGUCCAAGGUUAUUGCCCCUGGAGUGAUCUAUGAUGUCCACCAUCAAUGCCAGCUGCAGUAUGGCCCCAAUGCCACCUUCUGCCAGGAAGUAGAAAAUGUCUGUCAGACCCUGUGGUGCUCAGUGAAAGGCUUUUGUCGCUCUAAGCUGGAUGCCGCUGCAGAUGGGACACGAUGUGGUGAGAAGAAGUGGUGUAUGGCUGGCAAGUGUAUCACAGUGGGGAAGAAACCAGAGAGCAUUCCUGGGGGCUGGGGCCGCUGGUCACCCUGGUCCCACUGUUCCAGGACCUGUGGGGCUGGAGCCCAGAGUGCAGAGAGGCUCUGCAACAAUCCUGAACCCAAGUUUGGCGGGAAGUACUGCACCGGGGAAAGGAAGCGCUAUCGUUUGUGCAAUGUCCACCCCUGCCGCCCGGACACGCCCACCUUCCGGCAGAUGCAGUGCAGUGAGUUUGACACCGUUCCCUACAAGAACGAAUUCUACCACUGGUUUCCAGUUUUUAAUCCAGCACGUCCUUGUGAGCUCUACUGCCGACCCAUAGAUGGCCAGUUUUCCGAGAAAAUGCUGGAUGCUGUCAUUGAUGGUACCCCUUGCUUUGAAGGUGGCAACAGCAGAAAUGUCUGUAUUAAUGGCAUAUGUAAGAUGGUCGGCUGUGACUACGAAAUCGGCUCCAAUGCCACGGAGGAUCGCUGCGGGGUGUGCCUUGGGGAUGGCUCUGCCUGCCAGACCGUGAAGAAGAUGUUUAAGCAGAAAGAAGGAUCUGGUUAUGUUGACAUCGGACUGAUUCCAAAAGGAGCAAGGGACAUACGGGUAAUGGAGGUUGAGGGAGCUGGAAACUUUUUGGCCAUCAGGAGUGAAGACCCCCAAAAAUAUUACCUCAAUGGAGGAUUCAUUAUCCAGUGGAAUGGGAACUACAAGCUGGCGGGGACCACCUUCCAAUAUGACAGGAAAGGAGACCUGGAGAGACUGAUGGCCACGGGUCCCACCAAUGAGUCGGUGUGGAUCCAGUUGCUGUUCCAGGUGACUAACCCCGGCAUCAAGUACGAGUACACAAUCCGGAAAGAUGGCCUUGCCAACGAAGUGGAAAAACUGGGGUAUUCCUGGCAGUAUGGCCGUUGGACUGAGUGCAGUGUAACAUGUGGGACAGGUAUUCGCCGCCAGACUGCCCAUUGUGUGAAGAAGGGCCAUGGGAUGGUGAAAGCUACGUUUUGUGACCCAGAAACACAGCCCAAUGGGAAACAGAAGAAGUGCCGCGAAAAGGAUUGUCCACCCAGGUGGUGGGCCGGGGAGUGGGAAGCAUGCUCAGCAACGUGUGGGCCCCACGGAGAGAAGAGGCGGACGGUGCUGUGCAUCCAGACCAUGGGCUCUGAUGAGCAGGCUCUCCCGGCUAAAGACUGCCGGCACCUGCUGAGGCCCAAGACCCUCAUUUCCUGCAACAGAGACAUCUUGUGUCCAUCAGACUGGACAGUAGGCAACUGGAGUGAGUGUUCUGUUUCCUGCGGCGGUGGAGUGCGGAUCCGCAGUGUUACGUGUGCCAAGAACCAUGACGAACCUUGCGAUGUGACAAGGAAACCCAACAGCCGAGCUCUUUGUGGCCUCCAGCAAUGCCCUUCUGGCCGAAGAGUUCUGAAACCCCACAAAGGCACGAUUCCCAGUGGGAAAAAGCUCCCAACAUCUGAGCCGGACCUCCUAAAACCCAUCCCUCCAACUCCACCCAGUCCCAGAACACUGAGCACGCCCACGGUGCCCAGGCCUGUGAGCACAAGCACUCGGGCCGUCAGCAGCCCCGGUCCUACCACAGCCCCCGGACGAGGAGACCUGGGUGCCAAACGGUGGCAGAAUAGUUCACACCAAACUGAACCGCGCUCCAAUUAUGUCCUUUCCACCGGAAGUACUUCCCAGCCCAUCCUCACUUCCUGGGCUUUGAGUAUCCAGCCAAAUGAAGAGAAUGUUCCCAAUUCAGACACUGCUCCUACCUCACAGGGAGACCUUUUCACCAUGACAGUGACUGGUGCUGAUUUGCCCUCUUCCAGCAAGCCUGUGACAUGGCAGGUGACUCCAUUUUACGAUACCUUGACCAAAGUGCCAGGGAUAGAGAUUCAUAGUGGCUCAGGGGAAGACGGUGAACAGUCUGAGAACAAAAAUGAAAACAACUCCGUAACAUGGACCAAAAUCAGAGUAGCUGGAAAUGAUGCUUCCGUGGUGAGAAGUACGGAAAUGCCCUUUGGGCCUCCACCAACACCUUAUCUCUGGGCGCCCUUCAGCACAGCCAUGGAAGGUCUGCUGCCCAGCCAAAGGCCUGCUACUCUCAAAAAUGGUGUGCCUGGCGCUGAGGGGAUGGUCACUGAAAAGCCAGCGAACACUCCAUUCCCUCUGGGAGGAGACCGCCGGCCAGCACCGACAGAACACACCGUCCGCCAUAGCCCUCCAGAACUUCCAAACGACGCCAAUCUAACGCAGGGUUCCGGACCAGUCCUGACCGAGGAAGAUGCUACAAGUCUGAUCGCUGAGGGGUUUUUGCUCAAUGCUUCGGAUUACAAGACGCUCUCAACAGGCGGCGGCGGCUCCGCAUACUGGAUUGCUGGAAACUGGAGUGAGUGCUCCACCAGCUGUGGGCUAGGGGCCUACUGGCGAAGCGUGGACUGUAGCACCGGGACGGAUUCUGACUGUGCCGCCAUCCAGAAGCCCGACCCCGCUAAGAGGUGCCACCUCCGUCCUUGUACCAGCUGGAGAGUGGGGUUGUGGAGCAAGUGCUCCAGAAACUGCAGCGGGGGCUUCCGGGUCCGGGAGAUCCAGUGUGUGGACAGCCGGGACCACCGCAGCCUGAGGCCGUUUCACUGCCAGUUCCUGGCCGGCAUUCGUCCCCCACGGAGCAUGAGCUGCAACGUGGCGCCCUGUGAGGAGUGGUGUGUGGAGCCCUGGAGCCAGUGUUCCAGGUCCUGUGGAGGCGGAGUUCAGGAGAGAGCCGUGACUUGUCCGGGAGGCCUCUGUGACUGGACGGAAAGGCCCACGCCCACGGUGCCCUGCAACAGCCACCCCUGUUGUCACUGGGCCACUGGAGACUGGGACCUGUGCACUGCUUCCUGUGGGGGUGGCUUUCAGAAGAGGACCGUCCAUUGCGUCUCCUCAGAGGACAGUACGACCGAAGACCGAUGCGUGUGUGAUCACGAACCCAGACCUGCAGAAUUCCGGAAAUGCAGCCAGCAGGCCUGCAAGAAGAGUGUUGAUUUACUUUGCACCAAGGACAACUUAUCAGCCAGUUUCUGCCAAACACUAAAAACCAUGAAGAAAUGUUCUGUGCCCACUGUGAGGGCUCAGUGCUGCUUCUCAUGUUCCCAGACACACAUCGUCCACACCCGAAGGCCAAGAAAGCCACAGUUGCUCAAAAACCCCAAAGCAUUCUAAGUCCAGAAGGAAGCCACCCCCC